CCCGGCGGCCACGGCGGCCUCCGCGCCCGGCCAUGGCGGCGUCGGCGGCGAACCCCGAAUUGACACCAGAUGUGCCAUCCCUUGGGUCAGCCAUUGCCUCCGGGAACUCUGGGCCUGGGACUCAAGGUGGAGGAGCAGUUGUCCAGAGGGCUAUUAAACGCCGGCCAGGGUUGGAUUUUGAUGAUGAUGGAGAAGGGAACAGUAAAUUUAUGAGGUGUGAUGAUGAUCAAAUGUCUAAUGAUAAAGAACGGUUUGCCAGGUCGGAUGAUGAGCAGAGCUCUGCGGAUAAAGAGAGACUCGCCAGGGAAAAUCAUAGUGAGAUUGAACGGCGGCGACGGAAUAAGAUGACAGCCUACAUCACAGAACUGUCAGACAUGGUACCCACCUGCAGUGCCCUGGCUCGAAAACCAGACAAGCUGACCAUCUUACGUAUGGCAGUUUCUCACAUGAAGUCCUUGCGGGGAACUGGCAACACGUCCACGGAUGGCACCUAUAAGCCAUCUUUCCUCACCGACCAGGAACUGAAACAUUUGAUCUUGGAGGCAGCAGAUGGCUUUUUAUUUAUUGUCUCAUGUGAAACAGGGAGGGUCGUCUAUGUGUCUGACUCUGUCACUCCUGUCUUGAACCAACCACAGUCUGAGUGGUUUGGCAGCACACUCUACGACCAAGUGCAUCCGGAUGAUGUGGACAAGCUCCGUGAACAGCUUUCUACUUCGGAAAAUGCCUUGACAGGGCGUAUCCUUGAUUUGAAGACAGGAACAGUGAAAAAGGAAGGUCAGCAGUCUUCCAUGAGGAUGUGUAUGGGCUCAAGGAGAUCAUUCAUUUGCCGAAUGAGGUGCGGCAACAGCUCUGUGGAUCCCGUCUCCAUGAACAGACUCAGCUUUGUGAGGAACCGAUGCAGGAAUGGGCUUGGAUCUGUGAAGGAUGGAGAGCCUCACUUCGUGGUGGUCCAUUGCACAGGCUACAUCAAGGCGUGGCCUCCAGCAGGUGUUUCUCUUCCAGAUGAUGACCCGGAGGCUGGCCAGGGUAGCAAGUUUUGUUUAGUGGCCAUUGGUAGAUUGCAGGUAACUAGUUCACCCAACUGUACAGACAUGAGUACUGUUUGUCAGCCAACAGAGUUUAUUUCUCGACAUAAUAUUGAGGGGAUUUUUACUUUUGUGGAUCACCGUUGUGUAGCUACUGUUGGCUACCAGCCACAGGAACUCUUAGGAAAAAAUAUUGUAGAAUUCUGUCAUCCUGAAGAUCAGCAGCUUCUAAGAGACAGCUUCCAACAGGUGGUGAAGUUGAAAGGCCAAGUGCUGUCUGUCAUGUUCCGUUUCCGGUCCAAGAACCGAGAGUGGCUCUGGAUGAGAACCAGCUCCUUUACUUUCCAGAACCCUUACUCAGAUGAAAUUGAGUACAUCAUCUGUACCCACACCAAUGUGAAGAACUCCAGCCAGGAACCCCGGCAUUCGAUGACCAACACAAUUCAGAGGCCACAGCUGGGUCCCGCAGCUAAUCUGCCCUUGGAGCUGGGCUCAGGCCAGAUGACACCCAGGCAGCAGCAGCAGUCGGAAUUGGAUGUGGUACCGGGAAGAGAUGGACUGGCCAGCUAUAGCCAUUCCCAGGUUUCUGUCCAGCCCGUCAGCACCACUGGUCCAGAGCACAGUAAGCCCCUUGAGAAGGCAGACGGUCUGUUUGCUCAAGAGAGAGACCCAAGAUUUUCAGAAAUAUACUCCAAUAUUAAUGCAGAUCAGAGUAAAGGCAUGUCCUCCAGCACUGUCCCUGCCACCCAACAGCUGUUCUCUCAGGGCAGCACAUUCCCUCCUACCCCCCGGCCGGCAGAAAAUUUCAGAAAUAGUGGUCUGGCCCCACCUGUAACCAUUGUGCAACCGUCGCCUUCUGCGGGGCAGUUGUUGCCCCAUAUUUCCCGCCAUUCGAACCCCACACAGGGAGCUGCUCCAGCUUGGACCUCUAGCAUCCGGCCAGGGUUCUCUGCCCAGCAGGGGACUACCCAGGCUGCAGUCAAGACUCGGACUUCCCAGUUCGGGGUGAGCGGCUUUCAGGGUCCAGCUGCCUUCGGCUCCAUGUCGCUCCCUGGUGCUCCUAUUGCUUCCCCUGGUGCUGCUGCCUACCCCAGUCUCACCGGCCGUGGAGCCAACUUCGUUCCUGAAACCGGACAGACUGCAGGACAGUUCCAGACCCGGACAGCAGAGGGUGUGGGCGUCUGGCCACAGUGGCAAGGCCAGCAGCCUCAUCAUCGUUCAGGUUCAAAUGAGCAACAUGUUCAGCAGCCAUCAGCACAACAGCCUGGCCAGCCCGAGGUCUUCCAGGAGAUGCUGUCCAUGCUGGGAGACCAGAGCAGCAGCUACAGCAGUGAAGAAUUCCCUGACCUGACUAUGUUUCCCUCCUUUUCUGAAUAGAACUGUUGGGGUGAGGAGAGGGGUGGGGGGAGAAAAGUCACCAUUUAUUCUUAAAAUCAACUAUUUCUUUAAACAGAAUAAAAGUUGCUCUCCCUUCCCUCCCCUCACCCCUAAUAUGCACUCUUGUCCUGCCACCUCUGAGAUGACAUCAGUAAGAAAAGGAAAGGAUCCUCGCGACUUCGGAACCCUUGGGA